CUCCAACACCACCACCUGCAUCCCUCCCCCUCAUCCCCAUCCACUUUGUUGCUCGUCGUCCUUCUUCUCCUCCCCCACAUCCCCCUCUCCUGGGCCUUCUUCCCCUCAUCUUCAUCCGCCUUCUCAGCUUGCCGAGUGCUCUCGUGAGGUCCUCUGUCUGUCACUCGUAUAAGCGAGACGCCUGGACCCGCGCAGUCCGCCCUCCCGUCCGGCAGGACUCAAGCACCAGACAGCCACCUACCCAGCCAGCCUGCCCGGCUUCCAUCGUCACCAGCCAGCUACCCGGGCAGCUCCCCCCCAUCGCGAGGAGAGCAACCGUCCAGCCGCGCUUCAACAGCGACAACGCCAGAAACACCCCCUCGUUGUCCUACUCUACCUCCCUCCGCCCGCAGCAACAGCAGCAUCAUCGCCAUCACCACCACAAUGGCCUCCACGACAACGACGACGAUCCGCGUCGCCACGGCCUCCCCCGCCACGGGCCCCUCCCGCGCCGCCACCCUCGCCCACCUAGAGGCCCUCGCCCGGCGCGCCGCCCCCGCCGACCUGCUGCUCCUGCCCGAGGCCUACAUCGGCGGGUACCCGCGCGGCAGCGCCUUUGGCUGCGUCGUCGGCGACCGCAGCGCCGCCGGCCGCGACGAGUACGCCCGCUACUACGACGCCGCCGUCGACCUCGGCGACACGGUCGGCGAGGGAGGCGCCGGCGCCGGCGACCGCUGGGUGCGCCGUGAGUUGGCCUCCGUCGCCGCAAGGGACCCCAAGACGGCGGUGGUGGAUGAUGCUGCUACUACUAGUGGUGGUGCGUCACUGCCGCCGGCGAGGGGCGACGGCACGAGGGAGGAGCUGGAGCGCAUCGCCCGCGACACGGGCGUCUUCGUCGUCACGGGCCUCAUCGAAAAGGCCGGCGGGAGCCUGUAUUGCGCCGUCGUCUACGUGUGCCCGCGCGAGGGCAUCAUUGGCAAGCGGCGCAAAGUCUUGCCCACCGGCACCGAGCGCCUCGUCUGGGCCCAGGGCUCGCCCGCGACCCUCCGCGCCGUCAGCACCACCCUCCGCGGCGUCCGCGUCAACCUCGCCGCCGCCAUCUGCUGGGAAAACUACAUGCCGCUGCUGCGCCAGAGCCUGUACGCGCAAAACGUCAACCUCUACCUGGCGCCCACGGCCGACGGCCGCGACGCCUGGCUCGGGCUCAUGCGCACCGUCGGCGUCGAGGGGCGCUGCUUCGUCGUGAGCAGCAACAUGUGUGUGCGCUCCGCCGAUGGCCCUCCCUCCUCUCAGCAGCAGCAGCAGCAGCAGCAGCAGGCCAGCCACGCGCAGACGCAUCGUGUCCCGCCACCGCCGGCGGCGAGGAGAAACUCCACCAUCACCGAGGAGGGCUUCGAAAUCGCCCUCCCCCACAGCAGCUCCAGCACCAGCACCAGCCCGCAGCAGCGACACCACCCACAGCACAAGCGCCGCAAGUCCGUCUUUGACGAAGACGGCAACGAGAUUGUCCUAUGCUGCGACGCAGAUGACAACGACGAUGCCGUCGCUGGCGAUCUAAACGGCGCCGGCGCGAAACACGUCAACGGCACGAGCAGCGCCACGCUGACAACGACGACGGCGACAAACGGCACGACAACGAUGACAGGAGGAGGAAGCGGCGGCAGUACCUCCUUCUCCUCGCGCGGCGGCUCGUGCAUCGUCUCGCCGUUUGGCGACGUGCUCGCCGGCCCGCAGUGGGAGGACGACGAGGGCAUCAUCUACGCGGACAUUGACCUGCGCGACUGCAUCCGCGGGCGGCUCGACCUCGACGCCGCGGGGAGCUACUCGCGCAACGACUCGUUUACGCUGACGGUCCGGGGGCUGGACUUGGAUCCGCUGCCUUAUUGAGUCGGCGCCUCUGAAGAGGGGGAAACAAAAAAGAGAGGGAGAUUGCAUGACGGGGGUGGUCACAGAGUGGGACACUUAUGCGAGUGAGGGCGUGCGUGCGUGCGUGCGUGCGUGCGUGCGUGGGGUGUAUGUCUGUCUUGUACAAAUAUAGUGCCACGGCAUCGUGUUUGAACCUGUGUGCAUAUAUAAGUAGUCAAUCAGAGCCAUCAUGAAAUCAGAUCCAAUGUGUUUGUAGCUACGCUAAUGAAAUCAAGACCCUGCGCUGUACCAUGCUGGGUAAAAAAGAACAGACACAGACAGUCGUUCGCUACUACUAAUGCUCCCAUGCUUCCCAACAUGUCCUGAUCCAAAU